AUGUGUGAACAAUAUUUGCCAUUAAUUAUUGAUCAGGUCAGUUCACUUUGUUUGUCAGAUAGUGAAGAAACUCCACAAUUACCUGAACUUCUCAUUCAUUAUGGUCUUACUAUUGAUGAAUUUACUCAUUUACGAUCACUUUUAAUUCAAAAAAUUGAUUCUUCAAAUACAAUUUUUAAUAUCACAUCGGAUUGUUUUUAUCUGCCAUAUCUUACUCAUUUGAAAAUCAUUGAAUGUCACGUUGCAAAUGAUAAAAAUUCUCACCAGAUAAUCAAUAACAUUUGGCGUCUACCCCGACUGAAACAUUGUACUUUAGAUGUGAUUUUCGAGGAUGGACUUACAUUUGCUGAACUACCCAUAAUUUCAACAUCUAUUGAAUAUUUAUUGAUAAAAAAUGUUAUAUUUUCUUCUAUUGGACUCACUCAUCUAUUGAAUUCAACAUCUUAUCUUCAGCAUCUUUGUAUUCAAUUUGGUCAGAGUAGUAAUGCUGAGUUAGAUACAAGACAUAUCAUUCCAUCAAUCAUUAGUUUAAAACUUAACUUUGAUGGUUCACUAGCUGCUUUGACUAAUAUUUUGCAAAGUAUGCCGAAUUUGCAGUAUUUUACGCUCGAAACAAGUGCAAUUAAUUUGAAUGGAAAUCAAUGGAAAGAAAUCUUGAACGAUUAUAUACCUAAGAUAAAAAUAUUUCGAUUUCUAAUGAAAGUUUUAUCAAUAGAACAUAAUAACAUGGAAGAACAACUCGACGACUUACUAAAAACUUUUCAAACAUCUUUUUGGCUUCAAGAUCAUCAAUGGUUUAUUCGAUGUGAUUGGCCACAACAUACUAAAAAAGUUUUUAUUGUCUAUACUUUACCGUAUUGUUUUGGUAACAGUUGUGGUGUUUACUCGAACAGAUGGUCGAAGUCGACUUGUCCCAAUGCUCACGACUAUAACUCUUACAAUCGAGUAACUAAUGUGUUGUAUAAAGGACCCAUCGAUAAUUCAAGCUUAUAUCGUAGAUGCUACCCUGGCAUUCAUCGACUAACAUUGAGACUUCCUUUCGAUAAUAAAUUUUGGACUAUCAUUCCUACAUUGGAUCAUUUGACAUCUCUAGAAGUUAUUGAAACAAGAGAAAAUAGUCAAUCCGAAUUACAACUGAAAAAUUUACUUAAUCGAGCACCUCGUCUAGAAUUUUUAUGUAUUGAUGCGACUUUAUUCUUACUGUUGACACAAUUGAAUAUUACUCAUUCAUCACUUCGUCGACUUCAUUUGAAACAUUAUCGUGCAAAAAUGAAUCGAUAUAUGAAUGCUACACAAUGUUCUAUCUUGGCUGAUUCAUUAAUUGGACGACAAUGUGAAGUUCUUCGAAUUCGCGUUGAAAAUCGAGCAAUUGUUCUUGAUCUUGUCCGUACGAUGCAUAAUCUUCGAGCAUUGAAAUGUGAAUGUCAAGAUGAUAUUUGGAAUAAUAAUUCAUUAUUAUUUUCAAAAGAUGAAUUAAUUGAAUGGUUUCGACGUGUUUUGCCAGAAAAAUGUUCGAUUCGUCGACAGGAAUCUCGUCUCAUACAGAUGUGGAUUAAUCAAUAA